ACAUCCCUAGAAAUUCUCCGUUACGCGAGUCGCGAUGUAGGUUGCAGAAAAGUAAUUUCCUCUUUUCAUUAUUUAUGCAGUUUAAACAAUAGAAAUUGUUAAUGAAAACACAAAUUAAUCAAUAGAAAAACCAAUAGGACCAUUCGUGUAACUCAGUUUAUGUACACAGUGACAAAAUAAGGUUAUUCUGUUUGGGGUCACUCAACACUACGCAAAUUUGGCUAUUUUGCGAAUAAAUUGCAAGAAUCAGCCAAAAUGGGAGUACCUAAGUUCUUCAGGUACACAAGUGAGCGAUACCCUUGCCUCAAUGAGCUAGUCAAACAAUAUCAGAUACCAGAGUUUGACAACAUGUACCUGGACAUGAAUGGUAUCAUUCACAACUGCUCACAUCCUGAUGACUCUAAUCCUCAUUUCCGUAUAACUGAGGAGAAAAUAUUCCAGGAUAUAUUUCACUAUAUAAGUAUACUCUUUCAAAUAAUAAAGCCCAAGAAAUUGUUCUUCAUGGCUAUUGAUGGAGUAGCACCCAGAGCAAAGAUGAACCAACAGAGAGGAAGGAGAUUCAGAUCUGCCAGGGAAGCAGAGAAAUUAGAAGAUGAUGCUAAAAAGAAAGGUGAAGUCCUGCCAGCCGAGAAGCGUUUCGACAGUAACUGUAUUACUCCCGGCACCGUGUUCAUGGCGCGUCUGCAUGACCAACUUAGAUACUUCGUUAAGCAGAAAAUUUCCUCGGAUCCGCUUUGGGCUCAAGUGAAAGUUAUUCUGUCAGGUCAUGAGACACCAGGCGAAGGUGAGCACAAAAUAAUGGACUACAUCCGCUGGGCUCGGUCGCAAGCGGACUACGAUCCCAACACGCGGCACUGCCUGUACGGACUCGAUGCCGACCUCAUCAUGCUCGGCAUGUGCACGCACGAGCCACACUUUGCCCUGCUGCGAGAGGAGGUAAAAUUCGGCAAAACGACGCAGCGCACGACAAGUCCAGAAGAGACAAAUUUCUAUCUACUACAUUUAUCGUUACUCAGAGAAUAUUUAGAACAAGAGUUUAUAACGAUUAAGGACAAAUUGCCUUUCCCGUACGAUAUAGAGAAGAUCGUUGAUGACUGGGUGCUGAUGGGAUUCUUAGUAGGAAAUGAUUUUAUCCCCAACCUGCCCAAUAUGCAUAUAAGUAAUGACGCCUUGCCAUUAUUGUAUAAGACUUAUAUGACGGUGUUGCCGACUUUAGAUGGUUAUAUAAACGAAGCUGGCGACUUAAAUUUGGCGAGGUUCGAGACGUUCAUGCAGGAGUUGGCCAAGAUAGAUAAGGAAAAGUUCCAAGACACGUAUGCUGACCUCAAAUAUUUUGAAGCUAAAACGGGUCGGCGGCCUAACGCUAAUGAAAGGAAAGAGUACAAGCCCAAUAAUGACGAAACAUUCAACGUGGAUGUAGAUGACAUCAAGUCGAACAAACCCGACGACGACCUGCAGGCGCUGAUCAACGCCACGCAGGAGAUGUUCAUGGAUGAUAUGGAAGCCGACGAGGAAUAUGAAGAGACUAGUGACGAGGAAGCUAACAUAGAAAUGGAGUUCAUUUUACAUAAGAAAGAUUAUUAUAUGAAUAAAUUGGACUACACCAAAGUAACUGAAGAGGUGCUGGCGGACCAGGCGGAGGGGUACGUGCGUGCGAUCCAGUGGAACCUGUUCUACUACUACAAGGGCUGCCCGUCGUGGUGCUGGUACUACCCGCACCACUACGCGCCCUACAUCUCCGACAUCAAGGGAUUCAAGGAUCUCAAGAUCGAGUUUGAGUUGGGCGAGCCUUUCAAGCCUUUUGAACAGCUCUUAGCGGUGCUGCCGUCAGCGAGUAAACAUCUCCUUCCCGCACCGUUCCAUGACCUGAUGACUGAUGAGGACUCGCCCAUAGUCCACUACUACCCGGUGCACUUCGAGACGGAUCUCAACGGCAAGAGGAAUGACUGGGAGGCUGUAGUGCUCAUUCCCUUUAUAGACGAGGCAAAUCUUCUCUCGGCGAUGGCGCCAUGCUACCAACGACUGACUGAAGACGAGCUAAAGAGGAACAGGCACGGGCCCAUGCUCAUGUUCACUUGGGUACCGGACAACUUAGGUGAGGAACAUGCGCCGGAGUACUUCCCGUCGAUCAAGGAGUGUCACACGUACGAGAAGCAGGUGUGGCGGCAGGAGAUCGCCGUGCCCAAGGACCUCCUCAAGCGCGGCAUGUUGCCCAACGCCAACAGGGACCUGCUGUUCCCCGGUUUCCCCACCAUGCGCCAUCUCAAGUAUAAGACAAGUUUGAAGAAGAGUAAAGUAAAAGUGUUUGACCAGCCGUCACGAAACGACAACAUGAUAGUAGAAAUCAUUAAAGACAACUUGGAGGAGGAACCGCUAGAGAAAAUCGCACACGAAUAUCUCGGAAAAGUUAUAUGGGUCGGAUGGCCCCACCUUUCUCAGGCCAAAGUAAUAUCGGUGUCAAACGAGAAGGUACGACUCCAUCACAUCGAGAAUCAGAACAACAUCAGCGGCCUGCCGAUAUACACGAAUGAGGCCAACACGGGCAACUUGUACAAACAGUGGAUUUCCGAACGGUCUACCAUCAUUGAACAUAACAAGAAUCGGCUCGGUAUCGAAUUGGGUGAUGUUAAUGUCAUCAUUCACGCGGUUAAUUUGAAAGGAUACAAGUGGGUGGUGCAGGAGGGGUCGCGCAUGAGCCGGCAGGGCGAGUGGUGCGCCGUGCCGUGCGGCCACGCGCUGCAGGCGGUGCUGCGCAGCGUGCCGGCGCACCGCGCGCCGCCCGUGCGCGCGCCCGCCACCGGCGACGCCUACCCGCCCGGCAGCACCGUGUUCCUGCUCACGCAGGGACAGUACUACGGCUGCAUGGCCACGGUGGUGAGUUCCGAGUCGAUCCGUAGCGGUCGCAUCAAGGUGCAAGUGACGGAGAGGCCGGAGCCGAUCCCCACGGCGCAGGCCGCGGCGAGCCCCUACCGGACCGCCAACCACGCCGCCGCCGCAUGUGGUAUAACACCGCAAAUGCUUUCUCGAAUCACUGGAACUGUGUUCGUUGUGGACGGAGAGAGAAACGAACUGCCAACAGAGAAUCAGAACAAAGUGAACGUGGGACUAAACUUGAAGUUUAAUAAAAAGAAUCAAGAGGUGGCCGGCUACACGCGCCGGUGUCAAGUGACGAACUCGUGGCUGUACUCGGCGCGGUGCAUCGAGCUUGUGAAGUCGUACGCCAAACAGUUCCCCGAACUGUUCGACAGUCUCGUUUACUCGUUCGGCAACGACGUGUUCUUUGAAGGAGAUCUGUGGCCCGGGAAAGUUGGACAAAAGAAGCACCAUGAAGUGUCAGCGUGGUUGAAAAGUCAGCCGCACAGCUCGGCCCCGCGGCGCGAGUGCGGCUCCGAGGUGCUGGAGCCCGACGAGCUCAAGGCUCUCGAUGACAACCUGCAGGUGCAGCUCGCAGAACUGCGUGACCAGGCCAAGAAGGUCACGCUACAAGUCAAAUGGAACUUGUUGUAUAAGCCGGAGCUGAACGAAGGCAACGUGAUCCCGGACGUGAAGGCGGACUACAAGCUGUACGACCGCGUGGUGUGCGUGCGCGAGUGCGGCGCGGGCGGCGCGGCGGGCGCGGGCGGCGUGCGGCGCGGCGCGCGCGGCACGGUGGCGGGCGUGCUGCGCGCCGACUCCACCAACCCCGUGCGCCUCUCCGACCGCCUCAACGCCGCGCCCACCUACCACGUCAUGUUCGACGAGCCCUUCCUCGGCGGCAUGACCGACGAACUCUUCGACGAGCCCAGGUUUUAUAGAAUGCAACCAACGCACAUGCUGAACAUAUCGUUCGGUCGCAAGCUGCGGCAGGCGUCGAGUGCUGGCUACCCAAACCACCCCUCGAUCAAGGACAGCUACGUAUUCAACAAGACACCCACGCUAUUGCGGAGGGACGACGGACAUCACUCCGCCUUCGCUAGUUACAGUCCGCCAGCUGACAAGACUUCCACGCCUACAGACAAUCGCAGCAACAACAAAAAUGCAAAUUCAACUCCAGUAACUACUGAAGCUCCUUCUCAGGAGAGUGCGACGCAUCUACUGAAGAGUUUGUUGAAGAUUAGCAAAAGCGAUGCCGACAAUACACCCAAAACUACGAACACACCCGAGUCGUGGCGAUCAAAGAACGAUAACGUUCAGUCGCCACAACAUAGUCAGCAGCCAAAAAUCCAACAACAGAACUGGCGCAAAGAGCCGACACAAUACAACAACGCUAAAGUACAGCAACAACAAGUCUUCACCAACGAGUGGGUCAACAGUAAUUUUAAGAGCCAAGCACCAGUGCCGCCGUAUCCGAACUUCGGCCAGUUCCCGGGUCCCGGACCCAGCCAAAUCCCGUACCCGCAGUUCCAAAACCCCAACUUCCAAAUGCACAACCAAAACUACGGGAUGCCCAACCAGCGACCGCAGUACAACCAUAUCAACCAAGGGAAUAUGUACCAUCAGAACAGACAGACAGAGCAGCAUUUCCCGAAACAUCUGCCUCCUGUUACUGGGAAUAAUGCUAGUAUAUCGUUGAUGCCGAGCCGGGCUCAGCCGCAGCAUACUCCGAUGACGGGCGAUACGUCGAUGAUGGCAAACGCGAACCCUGCGGCGCCCGCGCAUAACGUGGCGGACAAGAUCAACAACCCGUUUGUGCCUCUACAGGUCCAAACUAGGAGAAUUCAAAACACGAGUGGUCCUUCGAGACGGGACAGUGAAGACUCGACGACAAAAUCCGCGCUACCGAAGCCGCAGCCGAUCAACGCGACGAUGACACAGAACCAAGACCCGACUUCGAGACCCAUGAAGAAACGGAAACCGAGGAUAGCAGCCAAUCUACCUUUCCAAAUAGAUUAAUGUGUUACGAACCAACGGACUUAAACGUGAAAAUAUUGUAAAAUAUAUUUUUAAUUGAUGUAUAAUAACUGAUUUUCAACCACCAGAUUAAAUAUUCAUAGAAUAAAAUUUACUCUGACUAAAUAAAAAAUUACGGUUCUAUGAACAAAUUGUUCAAUUGUCCAACUUUUAUAUCUGGUCAGGUUAUAGUUUAUUUGAUGAAUAUAUUUUAUCUGAUGAUUAAAAAUUAGCUCUAAAUGAAGGUUAAUAUCAAAAUAUACAAACCAGCGACUGGUCAUAAGAUAAUUAUCACAUUUCCUUAAUAAUGUCAUGAGUGAUUCGAAAAUGAACAAAAGUUGUGACAAUGUGAAAGACGAAAUUGUGUGAUAUUAAUUAAAAUCAACCGAUUUCAAUAAAAGUUUAAAUAUUCUAGAACAUUAUAACAUUAAGUAAAAGACGUUUCUUUAUUAUUAUUUUUUUUUCAACACAAUUAUUUGAAAACGUUGUGAUUUAGUUUCCAUCCUUUUUUUCUGUUUUAAUGACGACUGUAAGCUGAUACUUAAAUAUUAUGUGAUUUACAUUCUGCAUCUAUGGAAUUGUCCUACUGAACUAUAUUUUCCAUGAGAGAUUGUUAUCUCUCAUAGAAUAUAUUAUAUACUUUCUCCCAUGUGUCGUAAGCUAAUCGUAUCGUACUAGUAAAUAUAUUUUAAACUAACAGGAAGACAAGCUAGAGACUUGAUUCUGAAACGACCCUGCGUAGUAUGCGAACAUGUAUAGUCCGUACGCGAGCUCCCAAGAAUAUUAUCGAAUGUACCCGUUUAGUGAUUUUAUCGAUACUGCGUUAUCGAUGUAGGUAAAUUCGGGCGCCAAAAGUGAGACAUACGUGUGUAUAUCAUUAAUUGAUAACAUAAUAUCGGCAAAAUCACUACAUUAAAUCAUUGCGUCAACCUUCCAUAAGAUUCCUCGCAGCUCGCGAGCGGACUAUAUCGACGGUUAAAAAGCUAAUUCACUUAAGUGACAUUUUGCGACACUAAGUUUCAUACAUAUUUAAAAUCAGCUUUUCUUUCUACGUUUUUUAAAUUAGUUAAAUUUUUUCGAAAAAAAUAUCGCUAAGUCAAUUAGCGUUACAAUCGUCGAUAUGUAUUCCCAACUCUAGAAAAACUUUCGUAACAAACGACGCUUACGAUGCGUUUUUAUUUCGACUCGUGUGCAAAGGGCCUAUUGCCUCGAACAUAAAAAUCAAUUGUAAUAAUAAAAACGAUCAAGGAAUCAUAAUAUGCAAUUAUCUCAAGUUAGAUUAGCCACAUUGUACAUUUUGUAAAUAUUACGUGUAUGUGGAUAUGUGCGUGAUCGAUUUGUCUAAAAUGUAUCGAACCAAUGAGUUCUAAGUAAACUUAUAUGAUUUUAUUAUAUCAUUUUUGCAUGAAAAGAGCUUAAAAUAUAUAAUUAAAAAAUCUAAAUUGUUUGACAUAAACUUUUGUGUGGCUAUGAGUCGAUUCAUAUUAUUCUAAUGCGAAGGUUACUGACUGUAAAUGAUGUGUUGCGGCCUUGUAUGUUAUGUAACUUAGUAAUAAUUUGUAUAUAUAAUUAUAUUCCGGUGUUCAGCAGGAUACAUAGAACUCGUCGGUUUAAGGGUUACUUUUUGCCGCGAAAAUUGUUCGUGCCAAAGUAUCCCAAAUUGACUUAAGUAAUAUGAAUCAAAAGUUCCUUAUUUUUUUAAUAUUUUUACAAUAGCAAUAGCGCCGUAGCUGGAACUGGUGAAAGGGCAGAAUUCCAUGAAUCAGCUAAAUAAAUUAUUGUGGCUAAAUAAAUUCUUCGACCUUCUAGAAAGUAUGCGCCAUGUUGUUGCCGUGAACAACAAAUGCUGUCACUUUCAAUUCAUCUACUAUAUAGAAGGAAUAAUUAAUUAUAUCAUUAGUGUCGUUAUGUACGCACUCAUAAGUUUAUACACUAGUAUGUUCUACGCACACUAAUCUGUGAAAUACAACAUUUAAAUUAUAAACGUACACAUGAGCGUAUGAUCUUAUACUUUGACGGAAGGGAAAUAUCAUUCAAGUCGCGACCUUUGUCGUGUAAGAAUAAAUUAUUGGAAAUAUUUCAAUCCGUCAGUAAUAAUGAGCAUAUUCUCUUGUCCCUUGCCUUAGAGGCUCCAGCUACGGCGCGGACUAUCUCACUACGAUUAUAUUCAAGUUUUUCUACAAUGAGUACAGUUACAGCUUCUUAUAAUUGACGCAGAUUAUUCUGCAUAAGGCUACAAUAUUGCUCAACUUGUCCAGGUGAGUUUUAUGAUUAUAAUGUAGGGUCCUUUUUGUUGAUCUCUGUUGCAAUAUAUGCUUUAUUAGCGAAUACAGUAUAGAUUUGAUUACACAUAUUUCCUCUGUGUUUCUUUCAUAAUAUUAUAUUUUCUAAAUCAGGUCAGGUAUAGAUUUGAUUAUACAUAUUUUCUCAGUGAUUUUUUCGCAAUAAAAAUUAUUAUAUUUUCCAAAUCACGUCAGUAAAGGUAUAAGAAUAAAUCGUUAAAAAAAAUACGAAUCUUACCGAUUAUCGAGUCAUUCUAACAGCUUAUCCAUCCCUUGUUCACUGAUAAACGACUGUCAGCUGCUCUUUGAGAGCGACUUUAAUGAUUGUAAAAUAAAGACUUCUUUUGUUAUUUUUUUUUUAAUCAGCCCUAUUGUACCUGGGAUUUUUACAAUAUUGAUAUUCUAUAAGAGAAUUUCACUUUGCAUAAGUUUAUCAAAUGUAUGGCAAAAGUAAAUAGCGUGAACUAAUGAAUUGUCCGAAAUAGAAUUAUUAGUAAAAUUUAUUUAUAGUUUUAUAAAUCCUAAUAUCAUUAAACUGUUCUCGUGUAUGAUUAUAUACAGUGGUAUCCUACUUAAGUUUUUUUUUUUAAUCAUAUCCAUUAUUUUGUUUCUUAUUUUCUAAAUAAUAUUGAGGUGCUACGAAAUUAUGUAUGAAAACAUUUAGUUGGUAUGUUGAUAACUGUCAAGUAAAAAGGAUUCUACAAAAUAUUCUUUAAAGUACAAAAUAAUGAAUAAUCAUUAUAUUGUCUUUGUAAAGUUUUUUUUCUCUUUUCAAUACUGUGUUGCAAUUUACUAUCUUUGUACAUAAAAAUUGUAAAACUCAGAUAAAUAUAUUUUGAAUGUGGACCGCGA